GUUUCGUCCUUUGCGCAUAUACCCCAGGUUUUCAUUUCCUUGAUCGCACAGUUUUCCGCCAAAUCUAUUUUUGUCCCUGAUCUCUACCCCUCCACGUGGGCGAACUAGGCAGCCCCCUACAUAUCUCCGACUCAGCCCUACGCGUGCACAGACAGGUGGUGGUGGUGGUGCGCCUAUCAUCAUCAUGAAGUUCGGUCGGGUCUAUCAGGACCACCUUGAGAAUGAUGGCUAUCCCCAACACUGGAUCGACACCUCCAUAUCCUACCGGCAGCUCAAGAAAGUCAUCAAGCGUGUCGAGAAGGAACUAGCAGAGAUCGGCCUGGACAUUGAGACGCUGAAACGGCUACUACAGAGUGCAGAGAAGACUCGGAGUGUGCAGCAGAAGGACAGACAGGUCCAAUACUCUCUCAACGACGGGCAUGACGACAAUAUCUCUAGCAGGCCUCCAGAGACACCGUUUCAUCCAAAACUCCUCAUAGCCGUCGACGAUGCGACGGGCGAGCCAUUAGACUUUGGAUUCACUCCCGAAACACUCCAAUACCUUCACGAGCAGGCUGUCCUUCAGAAGUUGACCGAGGUCAAGAUUGUAGAUACAGCACCGGAUGGUGCUGUUCAGCCUCCCUCGAUUUACGAUCGCGGUGAAGCUCAGCCGCAUCGCAUGGUGGAGAUAGCACUGACGUCGGACUCGGAGUUUUUCAACAUCCUUCAUAAAGAGCUGAAUGCUCUCGAAUCACUGCAGACUGAGCAAGAAACCUCGUUGCAGUCUGAAGUACAUGACCUGAGCAAAGCUGUGUCCAAAGUCGCCAGACCCAGUCGCAAGAUCGCAAAAUCCGACAUCAAUCAGUGGCGACAAAUCUUCCAGCUCUACCUCGAGAGCCAGAUCUUCUUUGCGACGCAUGAACAAGACCACGGUGCGCACUCUUAUGCACAGGCCAGUAAAAACUAUCAGCUCUUCGUAAAGCAAGUUAAAGAUGCCGGUCUUGCGUCGCAAUUCCGCAAAAAGGAAAGCGUCCAGGCACUCGAGCGCUUCUUCGCCAUCAACUCUGAAAUCUUAAAGACUCUCAGUUUCCAGGAGCUGAAUCACAUGGCACUCAUGAAAAUCCUCAAGAAGUUUGACAAGCGCACCUCCUUCAAUGUCAACGGGACGUUUGCACUCGCACCGCCUGCGAAGACACUAUCCCGCGAUAUCGCCCAAGCCGUGUGUUUUCAGGUCACAACAGAUCUUCUGGCGAUUGUGCCGCAGCUUGAUGACUAUCUGUGUCCAGUGUGCUGCGAUAUUACUUGGCGGCCUGUGAGGCUAGCUUGCUCGCAUGUCUUUUGCAUUCGCUGCCUAGUCGUCAUGCAAAACGAAAAGAAGACCAUGUGCCCCUUGUGCAGGGAGAAGGUGUUGCUGCAAGCCAACACGGACAACAUCGAUCCAGCACUGAGCAACUUUCUAAAGGAAUACUUUCCGAAUGAGGUCAAGGCCAAGCAGAAGAGCAAUGAGUAUCAAGCUGGUGUGGACGAAUACGGGGAGCAUUUUGAUGAAGGAUGCAUGAUCAUGUGAAUGGAGCAACGGGGUCAAACGACCUUCAUUAGUGUCGCAGUCGUGCUCAGCAUUCUAACUUUACACGUUGCAGAUCGCGACUUUGUCGCAGAUCGACGACAGCAGGUGCUUAAGAAGUACAGAAGACAACACACCUAACGCCGUUUGCCACACCAUGCGCAGCGUUGUAUUCUACCAACAGCUAAUUCUUAUCCGCCAACAGCACCUCUG